GUUCUUUGAGAAUCUAUCCUUUCAACGUGUAUGAUACAUUAAAUGGUUUUAUUUUAUAUCCAACUGUAAACUUUAUUUAAAUUGUUAACAAAUGUAUAAAAGAAAAUUACUUGCAUUAAAUUAUCAACAGCCAGACAGCUUCAAUGUUGCAGAUGACAGUCAGUUUCGAAACAUGGUGUUGUGGCUGGAGGAUCAGAAGAUCAGACACUACAAAAUUGAAGACCGGGUGCCACUGAGGAACAUCCAGAGUGACGAAUGGUCAAAGGCUUUGGAUCUUUAUCUUCAGCAACUGAACUGUCCAUGGAAUGCUAAAGAUAAAUCUGCCCUUAUUGACUGGUUACUGGGAUAUGCUGUUAGGCUAGAGUAUGGUGACAAUGUUGAAAAAUACAAAGCUGUCACUCCUGAAAGUGUACAUUUGUGUCGGACAGGUGUGUCCGGGCAGGCAUCUAAUCCUUUAGAAACUUUGAAUUUUGAUGAUCCCAACUUCAAGGCUGGCGUGACUUCUCUGUGUAUGAUGCUGCAAAUCCCUCCUCACCCAGAUCAUUUACAACAACUUAAGGCUAUAUGUUUACUAGUAAAAGAAAAGCUGUCCAAAGAAGCAAUAGCAGCCAUAUCAUCUUCUUCAACAGAGACAAAGGCUGAGCAGAUUCCUCUUGAUAAGAUGGAGCUGGGAUUUGAAGCUGGUGAUUACAUUAUGAAUGAUGCAGCAAAAAUCUUACGACUUCUUCAUAUAAAGGAUUUACGGGAGCUUCAGACACAGAUUAACACAGCAAUUGUUGCAGUGCAGGCCAUAACAGCCAACCCUAAAACUGAUAGUCGACUAGGAAAAGUCGGGCGGUGAUAUUUGUAGGGGAAUAGUUCUUUGUGGUUCAAGAACUGCUGCAUUGUUAUCUUGUUUAAUGCAUGGCCCACUGUGUUUUACAUGUACCAAAUUCAGUAACAUCAUGGCUUCUGGGAAAUGUAGCCUAAUGCCCGAGACUGAUGCAGCCUAAUGCCUGAGACUGAUUUAGCAUAAUGCCUGAGACUGAUGGAGUUGUUUUUAAACUUCAGUUGUUAAUCUCUUUCCUGAUGCUGUUACAAGAAAAAAAUAGCAUAUGAAAUAACAAUUUUCAUCUCCUUUCUUUGGCAUUGGUUAAGCCAUGUGCAGAGGUGUUACUUGUAUUCCUUGCACCAGCUUUUAUUUUUCACAGUGCCAAGCUAAAAUAUAUGACUCUUCUAUUGUUAAAAGUUUCUUAUUCUAAAAAAGCCCAACAUUAACACAUUAAGGCUGGCAGUCAUUGUUUUGAAUAUGAUGAAAUAAAAGUCUUUAAAAAGGUACCUGUUUUACAACAAAAAAAACAAUAUCUCAAUUA